CUAAAAAUUCAGUUUCUUACUUUUAUUUCAGGUCUGAUGGAGGAGACACGCCGUAAUGUCAAAACAAGAGAGAAAACCCACUCACUGAAGAGAAAAGACAAAAAAUGUUUGACCUGCACUGAGUGUGGAAAGAGUCUGAGAUGUAAACAGGGUCUCAGGAAUCACAUGAUGAUCCACACUGGAGAGAAACCGUUCACAUGUGUUCAGUGCGGGAAGAGUUUCCGACAAACAUCAGCUCUUAAAGAACACAUGAAGAUCCACACAGAAGAGAAACCGUUCACAUGUGUUCAGUGCGGGACGAGUUUCAGACAAUCAUCAGUCCUUAAUCAACACAUGAUGAUACACACUGGAGAGAAACCGUUCACAUGUGUUCAGUGCGGGACGAGUUUCAGACAAUCAUCAGCCCUUAAUCAACACAUGAUGAUCCACACUGGAGAGAAACCGUUCACAUGUGCUCAGUGUGGGACGAGUUUCAGGCGCUCAUCACACCUAAAUCAACACAUGUUGAUUCACACUGGAGAGAAACCGUUGACAUGUUUUCAGUGUGGGAUGAGUUUCAGACAUUCAUCAACCCUUAAUAUACACAUGAUGAUUCACACUGGAGAGAAACCGUUCACAUGUGUUCAGUGCGGGACGAGUUUCAGACAAUCAGCAGCCCUUGAUCAACACAUGAUGAUCCACACUGGAGAAAAACCACACAAAUGUGAUCAAUGCGACAAAACAUUUUUGAGGGCUUCAAAUCUAAAGAUCCAUCUUACAGUUCAUACAAAGGAGAAACCUUAUUCAUGUUCUUUGUGUGGAAAGAGAUUUACACGUCAGUCAAGUUUAAAAACACAUCAGAAGAUCCACAUUGGUUUAAGAGAGUAUAUGUGCUUUGAGUGUGAGAAGACAUUUAGUACAUCUGGAGAUCUGAAACUGCACCAGAGGAUUCACACUGGAGAAAAACCGUACGCGUGUUCACACUGCGACAAGAGAUUCAGUCAGUUAGGAAACCUGAAAACACAUCAGAGGAUCCACACUGGAGAGAAACCGUACGUGUGUUCACACUGCGACAAGACAUUCAGUCAGUUAGGAAAUCUGAAAACACUGAAACGUCAUCAGAGGAUUCACACUGGAGAG